AUGGACAGUAUGGACUGCAGAAAUGAGAGAGUGAUGGCUAUAACGUUAACUAUAGAACAGACAAAAAUUAGCAUUAUCCAAACAUAUGCUCCACAACAGGGCAGAAGUCUGAGGGAGAAAGAGCAGUUUUAUGAAACUCUACAGGAAAUGACAGAAACAAUAAGACAUCAUGAGAAUGUCAUUGUCAUGGGAGACAUGAAUGGACAUGUCGGACAGAAUAGAGAUGGAGUAGAGCACGUCAUCGGAGAGUUUAGCAUUGGCGAAAGGAACCAGGAGGGAGAAAGAAUAAUAGAUUAUUGUGUGAUGAAUAACAUGUCCAUUAUGAAAACUUAUUAUAAACAUCAGGAGAGCCAUAAAUGGACAUGGUAUCGGUGGAAUGCAGCACAACAAGGAUAUACUGAGAGGUCAAUGAUUGACCUGUUUCUCACCAACAAGAAAAACAUAUUUAAAGAUGUUAGGACCAUACCAUCUGUGUCCUUAGACUCUGACCACAGGUUGGUGGUGGCUAAAUUGAAAAUUGUAAAACCAAAGGAAAAAGUCAAGAAAAAGCAAAAGAGAUUCAAACUGGAAAACCUCAAGGACGAAGAGAAGAAGCAAGCACUGCGGCAACUGGUAACAUUACGAAAACCAACCGAACUGGAAUUGGAAGAAAUGAACAUAGAAGAACAAUGGAAUAAAUUCAAGAACACUGUGUAUGGGGCAGCUGAGGAGACAGUUGGCACAGGCGUGUGGCAGAUAAAGCCGAGGAACAACACGGUGGAGGAAGGUCGUGCUGUCCGUCUAACUUGCCACAUGGCCUCCUUACCCGUGGCCUCCUACAUCUGGCUCAAAGACGAUGCCGCACUGCCGGUAAACAAAUCCAGGUACUACCAGCCCAAGCCCGGGGUGCUGUAG